CAUAGCUCACCAAAGAAGAAAAUUUUUGGAGAAAUGGGUAGAAAGUUUCGAAAAUUCGACUUAUUGAUUCGGUGGAAUGGUCGAAUUACCCAUUUUCAUGAUAGUAUUGACUACGAAGAUGGUGAAUCAAGUACUGUCCCGAUUAAGAGCAUAUUUACUUGGCAAGAACUCAGCCAUAUUUGUGCGGAACGAUGUUGCAUAGGAGGGAGAAGAGUAUGCAAGAUGACUUACCGUAUGCCGGUUUACAAGGAUUAUGCACUUGUAUAUGAAGGAUCAGUUUUGUCUGACGAUGAUGAUGUUAAUAUGAUGAUGAGAUUUAUUGCAGAGAACAGAUUUACAACUGCUGAGGUGUAUGUCGAGACAGAAGUUGUUGGCCAAUAUGGUGGGGGUGGUUAUACCGAACAAGGUGAA